CCUCGGCACUCUGGCUUUCUUGAGAUUCAAGAAAAACGUUCAGCUCGGCGAAUUAAACCCGAGAAAGAAGUAGAACAAAGCUGCAGAGAAGAGAAGUUUGAAAACAGAAGAGAAAAAUGAGCAGCAUUGGAACUGGUUAUGAUCUUUCAGUCACCACCUUCUCGCCGGAUGGCCGGGUUUUUCAGAUUGAAUACGCAGCCAAAGCCGUCGAUAACAGCGGGACUGUUAUCGGCAUCAAAUGCAAAGAUGGGAUCGUUAUGGGUGUGGAGAAGCUCAUAACGUCGAAGAUGAUGUUACCGGGCUCAAAUCGAAGAAUUCAUUCAGUUCAUCGUCAUUCUGGCAUGGCUGUGGCUGGCUUAGCAGCAGAUGGGAGGCAAAUUGUUGCACGAGCCAAAGCUGAGGCAACUAACUAUGAGAGUGUUUAUGGUGAUUCCAUACCUGUGAAAGAACUUGCUGAACGUGUUGCUAGUUAUGUGCAUUUAUGUACACUUUAUUGGUGGCUCAGACCUUUUGGAUGUGGAGUAAUUCUUGGAGGCUAUGACAGAGAAGGACCACAACUAUACAUGAUUGAGCCUUCUGGUGUUUCCUAUAGGUACUUUGGUGCUGCAAUUGGAAAGGGGAGGCAAGCAGCUAAAACAGAGAUCGAAAAGUUGAAACUUUCUGAAAUGACAUGCAGGCAAGGUGUCAUUGAAGUUGCAAAGAUCAUUUAUGGAGUACAUGAUGAGGCAAAGGACAAAGCCUUCGAAUUGGAGAUGAGCUGGGUCUGCGAUGAGUCAAAUCGACAACAUCAAAAGGUUCCAGAUGAUCUCUUAGAGGAAGCCAAGGCAGCAGCCAAGGCUGCAUUAGAAGAAAUGGAUGCAGAUUGAUAAAAUAAAAGAACAUUGUCCAUCUGUGAUAGAAGUACCGUUGUCUUGGUUGUGUAGGAAGCUGUAUCUUUUUAUUUUAUUUUUCUCUUCUUUUCAGCUCUUUUGUCUUUGUACCUUGCCUUUUUUUUUUUAGUUUUGUGGGGUUGCUAAUAUGGACAUAUCAAAAUCUGCCGCCCAGGGUAAGGUCUUAGGGGGUUACAGACCAUUGGACAUUGGAUCCUUCAUGGGUCUCGGCGCAAGGGAAAUGAAAAGCUAGUAUUGCAGGUUUAUAAUGUCGAGGCAGUGCUGACUUUGGAUCUGAACAACUCGUUUAUUUGAAUAGCCACUUGAAACCCUGGAUUAAAGAUUCUAGAUCCCUGUAGCUAGAUCAAAUAUGGUAGCUUCAAGAGUUCAUUUGUAGUGAGUUCUAGGUCUUAAUGCUUGAAGCCAUAAAUAAUCUUUGUUUGUCUUCUUUGACUUUGAGAACACCUGAAAACCAAGGUUCUUAUUAUCUUUGCUUGCAACAGCUGACCAGGGUUCUUGUAGCUCUCAACUUCAUGAUAA